AUGCAAAACGGCACGCCAAACGGGGCUUCACAACAUGACGAGCGCGUAACGCCCAUUCCCACUGAAGACCUUCGCGUUUCGCCUAAACCAGAGCCCGCGGAGACCGUUGUUACCUUGGUACAAGCACCCAGCGAACAAAAGCACGAUGAAAUUGUCGAAGCACAUGUCGAGGGGCCCCCCUCGAAGAAGCGAAAGCUUGCCGAUUCCAAACGCUCAACGCCGAGACCAGUAUCGCCGCCAUGGAAGAAGGCCGGCAUCGAUGGGCCUACUUCCUUUAUGGAAGGAGGCAGGAGGAAAUCGUCGAGAACAAAUGCUAUCCCUUUAGAGAUGCAACCGCCGUCCGCGAUAAGACAGACUCGAGGAAUCCAGAAGGAUUCCGCGACCAAAGCUACAUCCACUCGUCAGACACCCACCGUAUCGUCGCCACUAUCUUUGAAACCAGUUCGAGCAAGUGGUAGGAAAUCAUCUCUUGGGGCAAGGGCAGCAUCAAAUGGCACAGCGAGCAACAUCGAAAGGAGGGAGAGCAAAAGAAAAUCUAGUUCAAGGCUUUCUGUAGGUAGAGGCGCCAAUAUCGAGGCUUCGUUACCUGCGAGCGACUCCGCCAAAGCUCGAAGGAGGUCGCAAAACGCCGCGAAUUUGCAUGGGCGCGUACAGACAACUGUCAACGGCGUUAGCCCAAGGUAUACGCGUCGCAAUGCUUCCAUCUCAACCACGGAAUCGCCGUCUGUUUCUAGGGACCUUAAGAGUCCCAGCCAAAGUGACGCCUAUGAGUUUACUGGAGGCCACAAGCUCCCUCGUAUACGGCUGAAAUUUAAAAAGGGAUCAGUCAGUGUUCAACACCCAGGCCACGUUGUACCGUCAAAGCACUACCCCUCCUUCCGAGAUUGGGUCUACAAUACCGAUGUUUUAGCUGGGGAAAACGUCAUUACGACGACUGAAGAUGCUGAAGAAGAAGCAAUCAAGCGGCUUCGAGUCCUCGAAGCUGGGGAGCCUGGAGGGCUGCUCAGUCCACAAGUCUGUUCCGCCUGUCUUCCCGAACCGCAAGAAGAACCUCCGAUUCAAUAUUCUCAUUACGAUCACCUCGUCGCACAUGCCCUCUACUUUCGCAAGCUUCUCGACCAAGAACACAGACGACAUCGGAACACAGCUCGUCAGCUUGCUUAUUGGUGUGCUGAAGCUUGGAGGAAGCGAAAUAAACGACCGGAGGAUAUUCUACGUGAACAAGAAGAAGAAAUGAAAGCGAAACGCAAACAAGUCAUAAGAGAUCUCCAAAAACAGUUCGAUUUGGUUCGUGCUGAGGUGGACAGAGUUCGCCUAGCCCGGUGGGAAGAAGAAAGAAAGGCAGAAAACCAGCAGGCGUUAAACCAGGCCAUCAAGCAGUCAACAAUGCUAUUUGAGAAACGAAGACAGGAAAUUCUUGGCAUUGGAAGCGACAUGGACGCCUUUAGUGAGGAUAUUGAUGACGACGACAAGGAUUUGGAAGAAGACGAAGACGACGAUGAGGAAGAUGAAGAAACUUCCCUCUCGGAUGCAGACGAAAGCAAUAUGUCUAGUAGCGAAAGUGAUAGCGAAGGCGACAACCUCCCUGACGACGAUGAGGGUCUAACUGCAGAGGAAUUGCGGUUGAAGUAUGCGAACCUUCCGGAUACCACAUUUGCAAAUAACGCCAGCGAUGAUUCUCGUUUGGAUUCAUCGAGUCGCGGCACUCCGUCUGUUGAAGAUGGGCAUACCGAAGGCGACACCUCGGUUGCUCCAUCGAUAACACAUGCAGAUCUUGACGAAGUUGAUCCUGUUAUGUUAGAUGACAGCGAUGAGUCUACGGAUAUGGAGGAUGACUUGGGAGAUUCUGACGAUAUGAGCGAUGAGCAGAGCGACGAUGACGAUGAGAGCACUGCUAGUGAUGACGGUCCAGGGCUUUUUGGUUUCUUUUCUUCCAAAGACCCGCUGUUGGCUAGCGGUAUGAACAACACGGAAGACGAGCAAGAUGAGAAGAAUAAAGGCUCAGUCGAUGAUGCUGAAAACGAAGAUGCAGACGAGGUCACUCUUAUCCCGACAGGCUCUUCGGAAGAGAGCGACCAAGAGGCCAACAAAUUAGGGGGUGCUAAAUCCGAAAGUCAACGAGAUGAAGAAUCUUCUCGUGCUGUAGCAGAAGGAGAGCAGAUGGAUGUUGACAAGCAAGAAUUCCCAACACGAGAUGGAGAAGGUAAUAACGAGUCACGUCACAGCGGCGAUGCCUCCAGCCAAGCUUCUCCAGCCACGGUUGCUACCAAGCCAUCUGAACCCGAAUCUAUGUCAUCGUAUGAAGGUCAAAUGGACAAGCAGUCUGUAACAGACUCACCCACACCCGCCGGACUGAAAACACCAAUCCCUCAUUUGCUCAGAGGAACAUUGCGUGAGUAUCAGCACUAUGGGCUAGACUGGCUAGCCGGACUAUAUACGAAUCACAUCAAUGGUAUAUUAGCGGACGAAAUGGGUCUCGGUAAGACUAUCCAGACGAUUGCUUUACUUGCACACUUGGCUGUAGAGCAUGAAACCUGGGGACCACAUCUAGUCGUCGUCCCGACGAGUGUCAUCCUCAACUGGGAGAUGGAGUUCAAAAAGUGGUGCCCGGGGUUCAAAAUCAUGACCUACUACGGGAACCAGGAGGAAAGAAAGCAAAAGCGGCGAGGCUGGACGGAUGAUAGCAGCUGGGAUGUCCUGAUCACAUCAUAUCAGCUGGUGUUGCAGGAUCAGCAAGUCCUCAAGCGGAGGAAUUGGCACUAUAUGGUCCUUGAUGAGGCCCACAACAUUAAGAACUUUCGGUCUCAAAGGUGGCAAGCUCUACUUACGUUCAGGACGCGCGCGCGUCUUUUGCUUACGGGUACGCCUCUUCAGAACAACCUAACGGAGUUGUGGUCGCUUCUGUUUUUCCUGAUGCCGUCAGAUGAAGACGGAGCUGGUGUAGAAGGGUUUGCAGAUCUGCGGAAUUUUUCAGAAUGGUUCCGACGGCCAGUCGAGCAGAUUCUCGAGCAUGGGCGGGAAACGAUGGACGAGGAGGCGAAACAAAUUGUCUCCAAACUACACACUGUCCUUCGACCGUACCUUCUUCGACGAUUGAAAGCAGACGUCGAGAAACAAAUGCCAGCCAAGUAUGAGCACGUUGUCACCUGCCGACUGUCGAAGCGCCAGCGAUAUCUCUAUGACGGAUUCAUGUCUAGGGCACAAACAAAAGAAACGCUGGCUUCUGGCAAUUACCUUUCCAUCAUCAACUGUCUGAUGCAACUUCGAAAAGUCUGCAACCAUCCAGAUCUUUUUGAAACGCGCCAGAUUUCGACUUCUUUUGCAAUGCCCACUUCAGUGUCAAUUGACUAUGAGAUCAAAAACACCCUUGUCCGACGACGGCUUUUGUAUCAGCAUCCGUUUGACACACUCGAUUUGGAGUUCCUGAACCUAGCACCUAUAUCAAGAGAAGAUCUUUCCACUAGACUAGUCCAAGACAGCAGUCGUAUUAUGGCUUUCGGGCCUCUGAAGACAUUACGUGAACGUCAGUAUAGGCGAACUAAUUGGCAAAUGGGCUUUGAUGGCUCUUCGGUGCGGUCUAUACUAGAUUCAAUGGAAAACGCGGCGCGGAAGAAACGAAUGAAUGAGCUCGAGAGCGCGCUGUAUUUCGAGAGUCAUCGACAUGGUCGACGACCGAUCUGGGGGAAAAGCUUGAUCAAAUUCCUCACGAUCGAACGGCCAUACAAUGGAUUCUCCGCACGCGAUGGCUCAUCUCGUCAGAUCUCAAAGCUUGAUCAGCUCGCGAAUCAGUCGUCGGUGCUAGCUUCGAUGAUUAACUCGAUCCAAGAUCGAGCUCAGAAUAUGGAAGGAUACAUCCAAAGAUUCGGGUGUGUCACUCCGGCAGCCGUCGCAGCGGGGACUACAGAGGCAGCAAUCACGCCUGUAGAAUCGCGGUACUUUGGACCAGAGAUCCGUUACCAAAACUACGAUCCAUUCCAUGAGGCUCAGAUGCGCUUGUCGAUCGCAUUUCCCGACAAAAGAUUGCUACAGUACGACUGCGGAAAGCUGCAGCAAUUGGACAAACUACUCCGUCAGCUUCAAGCCGGUGGCCAUCGUGCGCUGAUCUUCACUCAAAUGACCAAGAUGCUAGACAUCCUAGAGCAAUUCCUAAACAUCCACGGACACCGCUAUCUGCGACUCGACGGCACGACUAAAGUCGAGCAACGGCAGAUGCUUACGGACCGAUUCAACAACGACAACCGCAUCCUUGCAUUCAUCCUAUCUACGCGUUCUGGCGGUCUAGGUAUCAACCUGACGGGCGCGGACAGCGUCAUCUUCUACGACCUCGACUGGAAUCCGGCGAUGGACAAGCAGUGCCAGGAUCGGUGUCACCGAAUUGGGCAAACGCGCGAUGUGCACAUCUACCGGUUUGUAUCGGAGUUUACGAUCGAGUCCAACAUCCUACGCAAGGCGAAUCAGAAGCGGAUGCUGGACGACGUGGUCAUCCAAGAAGGCGCAUUUACGACCGACUACUUUACGCGCGUCAACAAGGCGCGCGCAGAGAUUGACGAAUCGGCGCCCGACGACCAGCAAGACGAGGCUAGUAAAGCGAUGGACCGCGUGCUCGACAAUCGCGGCGGCGGCGUCGGCAUCGCCAUUGGCAGUAACCACCCUAGCAGUCGCGUCUUCGAGCAGGCCGAAGACAAGGAGGACAUUGACGCGGCGAAGAACGCGCAAAAGGAGAUGGAGCAUGCUGACGAUGGCGAUUUUGGCGAUGCCCUUCUUCCGACGACUACGACUACUACGACUAGUCUUGCCGGCGAUGAAUCUGUUGCUGCCGAUGGUGCAAAGAGAGAGCAGAACGAGGAGGACGAGGAGGCGACUGCCGAACCACAUCAUAUUGACGAUUAUCUGGUGCGAUUCAUGGAGUGGAAUGUGCGUGACGAGCCUCUUGUUCUUCCGCCCGACAAGGCCAAGAAGAAGUCAAAACGGGGCAAAGAGCACCGCAUCAGGCGUAGAUAG